AAGUCUCGAUUGGGUGUCUAUAAAGAGUCGGCCGUUUCUACCGAUGCCGCCGAUUGUGCUUCAGUUGGAAAAGAAAUUAUGGAUCUAAACGGUACGGCUGCUGAUAUAGUAAUAGCAGUUUCUCUAUGUAUGGGUGUAGUGAUUCCCGAAUCAAUGGGUUUGGGAGGCGGAGGAGUUAUAGUCUUUUAUAAUCGAUCCACACAGCAAUCGUAUAGUAUAGAUGCUCGAGAGGAAGCUCCCAGAGCUGCCACCAAAAACAUGUAUAAAAACUCGACAAUGUCUCAAACUGGACCAUUAUCAAUAGCAGUGCCAGGAGCAUUGGCCGGUUACUGGGAACUACAUCAAAAAUCGGGUAGAUUAUCAUGGAAUAGGCUAUUUGUCGGUGCCAUCAAAUAUGCCAAACAUGGAUUCAAAGUUAGUGAACAUAUGGCUUACGCUAUCAAACUCAAUGAGGGAUAUAUAAAAAAUCAUACAGCUUUUGGUGAAAUAUAUCUUAACAAAAAAACAGGUCAAGUAAUUAAAGAAAAUGAAACUUUAAUACAAACAACAUUAGCAAAAACGUUGGAAAAGUUAGCAAAAUCUAGAGAUCCAUUAAAACUGUUUUACGAGAACAGUAUGGCUCAAGAUAUCAUUGACGACAUCAAAGAUGCCACAAAUGAUUGGCCUGAAAAUGAAAUCAUAACAUUAGAUGACUUUAGGGAUUACAGAAUCGAUACGACAAAAGAUGUUAUCAAAACUCAAUUCAAGAGAGAAAAUCUGACACUCCAUACAAUGCCAUUACCGGGCACUGGUAUCCUAUUAUCAUUUAUUAUGAAAGUUAUGGAAAACUUUGACGAUCUUUAUCCCAAUGCAUUCAAAUCGCUAAAUACAUCAAUACUUUUUUACCAUCGUUUGAUGGAAACAUUUAAGUACACGUUUUCGUGCCGUAUGUUUUUAGGUGACGACAACUUCGAGGAUAUGGAGGCUUUUAUGCAUAACCUGUCGUCGCCUUACUUUAUCGAUCGGGUACACAAUGAUAUAGACGAUCGCCAAACAUAUAACGACUCCAAACAUUACGGUCCGCGCAUUUUCAUGAGUGAAGAUCACGGCACGUCUCACGUGUCAGUUAUCGACAAAUACGGCAAUGCGGUCGCUAUAUCGGCCACUGUUAAUAUGUACUUUGGCAGUAAAGUGUUGUCCAGACGGACCGGUUUAGUGUUAAACGACGAAAUGGAUGAUUUCAGCUCCAAUUUUACCAAUACUUAUGGUGUGCCGCCGUCUGACCACAACCUUAUUCAGCCAUACAAACGUCCUCUCAGUUCAAUGUGUCCGUCAAUAUUUGUUGAACCGACGGGUAACGUACGACUUAUUAUCGGUGCGAGCGGUGGCACCAAAAUAAUAACUGGAGUGGCAGUCGUUGCAAUCAGACAUCUGUGGAUGAAUGAAACAAUCAAACAGGCUAUUGAUUGGCCACGACUUCAUCAUCAGUUAUGGCCAAAUAAGAUCAUCUAUGAGAGCAACUUUCCUAAAGAUAUCUUAGAAGGACUCAAAAGAUUAGGUCAUAAGACUGAAGAUUUGGGACAAGAAAGGGGUGCUAUAGUUAUGGCUAUUAAUAGAUAUAAUAAUUUGUUUUACGCUAAUUCUGACUUUAGAAAAGGUGGUGAUGUGGACGGCUUAUAA